CUUGCCACACUUCCCGCAACUUGCAUCAGGAUCCAACAAACGUCUAGUGUAGGCAUUUUUUUCUCAUCAGUCAUCAGGCUCCGAGCGGUUUGCUUGCAAGGACGCGUUUUUACGUCAUCCCGCCCCUGGGUCGAGUCAAGCGCGUCACCAGGAUGCGAGGUGCCCGGCAGCGCGCCUGACGACGACGACAGUCAAUUACAUUUUAAUCGCCAGCGCGCCAUUUGUGCAGCUGAUUCUCCUCACUUGCUGAGCUGCAAAGCCUCUGGGUAACCCGCCGGUCGAUUCGGAAGGACUGUUUUCAACACUACAGAUUUAGGAAGCCUAGCAAAUAGCGAGCUUGAUGAGACAAGUGCCCUUGGUAGUACUACGUGGAUCUGAAUUCCAAGCUAGUAGAGUCUUAGCGGUGGGAACAGUAGGCAUUGAAAAAAACGCGGCCAGUCUAUCCAGGACGGAAAUGUACUGAAAUUAUAGAUGAGGUCACCGCGUUUCUGUGGAUGACAUUUCACAUGUAUCUGCACUAUCCGGCUGGCAAGCUGUACGGCCUUUGAAUCAUCGCAUAUCGGGAGGAAACAGCAUGAAAUGCUGCUGACUUUGUAAGGAAAGCAAAGAUGAUCUGGAAACGGUAAGAGACUAUUCAUUAUCGCACGGGAACAUAGAGAAAUCCCAACAAGAAAGCACGGUUGGCUCACGCUUCUUUGUACGUCCCCACAUGAUCCUUGUAACGCCCGGAGCGUUGUUAGGGGUAACGCACGACUUUUCUCAGAUCAACUGACAGAGGGUGAAGCUUGUUUCAUUCCUGGAAGCCUUGACUUGUACUUGUCGUAAAAUUGUGACGCACGACUUAUCUUCGGACCGCAAGGCUGGUGCAUGCUGAGUCAACAAAAUCUACACAGCUACGUCCGCGUCUGUUGGGAAUACUCCAGGGAAAGUCUUGGCGUCGCCGUGGGUAGUAUAUCGCACCCGGUGUGCACAUGGCUUUAUGGAGUGCAGCCGGAGCCUUAAAGACAGCAUAACAACGGCAGAAACAGCGCCAACCUUACUGUGGGGCUCGCUGAUUUAACCGAAGGGAAGACGAUGGGAAGCGGAGCGAGUAAGGACAAGACCCCUCCGUACCCCCAGAAGACGGCGCGGUACAUGGAGCCAGCCAGCAGCACUGACGUCACGGACAUCAGCUCUGCCAUCUCCGACCCGCACGGCGCGGACAGGGAACCCUGGACGGGCAACGGAAUAAAGAAGACAGUUGACACGAAGGACGAUGAUGACGACGACAGUGGACGGCUGGACUGUUACGAGGUGGCGCGGAGGAUUGACUAUAUUAAGAAUGAACUGUCCAAAGGCAGGUACAACAUAGACCUCAAGAAACUAGACGAGUCCAAACUGAAGGACGCAAAAGACGCCAAUAAUAUGCAAACCCUGACUGAAGAACCGACCAAACUUUUGGAGAAAUGACGUCAACUGGUUGGGAUUUACAUUACUUCAAAUUGUGAACUAUGCCAAACCACCACGUCCGUGGGACACUUAGCGGCUGUAGAAUUGUUACGCAAGCAACAGUCGAAAGACACUUACAAAUGCCCAUGAUUUGAGCUUUUUCACUUUGACAUUACAGAAGUGCUACACUCCCAUGCACAACAGUAGGAUUUGCCUUAACGAUGGGUGUUAUUUAGAGGGGCGUGAUGGCUGUAAUAGUAACCAUCAGUCCCCUCCACAUAACGUUUAUUGUCACAGUAACUCGCACAUUUCAUCCAGUAUUACGAUCACGUUUUCGUGAGGUCCGUUUUCUUUCUAACAUGUUAUGUCUGCCAGCUCUCGAGCUCACAUCGCCAAUACACGAUGUACAUGUAAAUAGCUCUCAGCACACGGUGCUUACAAUUUCAUCAGUUGGGGCCAGAUGUGUACGCCUUAGUGAGUCAUCCUUUGAAGGGUAAUGAAUCAGAUAUUGUAGUUUACGUUUUAUGUAAAAUCAAUGACAAUAUCUAGCAUAAAAUGUGAAUUUUAUAUUCUGUUACGUGACUUAGAAUAAUUCUAUUCUGUGAAGUUGCCUACAUGCACAGAGUUUUAAAACGGGGCCGUUGCAAACCCUAAGUGCGUUUGUAUUGAAGAAUCACCAUUGAAGAGAAUGACUACAGAACGUCUAACGAUGUGAAAGCCUUUGUAGUGCUCCCUUCUCCAUAUGUCUUCAGAGUGCUACUCCAAAGAGAAUGGUUCUUGUACCCCUUGCCAUGUACUAGUACUAAUGAAGGGCGAUCAGACAAUGUGUCAAAAGCGCCUGUCAAGUACCCCUGAUACGGGGACAUACAUCAGAGCUGCAAUUUUCCACUCGGGGGACACUCAGCGCCAGAGAUCUAGACUCCGCCGUCAUGCUAUCACUCGACCGCGAUAAUAUCACCAUAAGUGAAGGUUUGGCUCGACAAAAUCUGGGGGUGGAAUCCCAUAGAAAUAUCUACAUCUGUGAAAGACAUCACUGGGGAUCAGACUUUCAAUUCUAGACAAUGUUUAAAAAUGGAUUUAUGCAAGACUGUACAAAAUAUAUAGGUCGAUUGUCA